AUGGACGGUCGCGAUGCUCCAAGUCGCGAGGUGCAUGUGGAGAACAGUGCGAACACCCCCGUUAAUCACACGACACCAGCGCCUGUCGAGACUCAGAGAGCGCCGUUGUCACUACGUGUAGAUGGCUUGAGCGUUGUUGCUGUUGCUCCCGGCGACGGUAACUCGACCCCAGCCUAUAUCGAAUCUGAGCACGGUAGUGAUACUUCGGAUGGUCGAAGACCUGACCUUUACUCCGCUAGUACCUUCACAGAUUCUCUGUCCAGCUUUCCUUCCUCCAAUGAUACCAGCCGGUUUCCAGAAUUCGGCAACUCCUAUACCUCGAAUGAACAUGGACCAGUACCACAAAUCGAUCAAACAUCUUCACAAUGUGCAAUGGCGCCGGCCCAGCCAGUGAGUGGGAAUUCUACAGAAAAGUGGCAGCCCUCAUUGCCAACAAUACAGGCGGGCAAUGGGUCACCUUCAGUUUCGCCGAUGCAUUCGCGUACAAAGUCGAACUUUGAUGAGCUGGCUCCUGGGCAGAAAAGAACAGCAACUGGGGAUAUAAAGCCCGUUUCAUUAGAAACCCCGGUGACCUACAGUGAAGCGAAUGGAGCUGCGCGGCGACGUUCAAAAAGUACUGGUUCGUCGGCUUAUGGAAGUAGGAUUGCGCAGCUAUCGGUUCACAUCCGUACGCGUCUGUCAUACGCGGCUGCAAAGGUGGAGAAAGAGAAAGAGAAAGCCCGACUAUCACUUGAAGCUGGGCCUCACCCCACACUCCGCACAUAUCACAGCGCAUCGCCAUUGAGCAAUGCACCAAGUGACAUAGCAUCAGCACCUGAGAUGCACCCGCCAUCUCUUUCACAUCAAAGCUCCAACUCUUCCAAUGGAAACUCCAGUCGUUUCCCGAGUCAUAGCCGCUCACGAUCAGCAUUCUCAUCUCCUCACCUCCUAUCCAUUCCUAAACUACUAGCACCCCCUGUCGAUAUCAUCUCCUCUAAUGGCGACACCCGACGCCGUCGACCAGAUCCUAAUGCAAUCUCAAAACCUAAUCAUAGCCCCGUCAGCCGUCACCGACGGCAUCACUCACACCAGGAGAACGGACUAAACCUUCCAGUCCUAGGCCCUGGAACUCCCUCUCUCUCUUCAACCACACGCGCACCGACCUCCACCCCGAACGGGUUCUACCGACCUCGCACAAAUUCCGAAAACACUUCAAUGGAACAAGACGCCAUCGAAACCCUCAUGUUCAUGUCCAGUCCCGAGAACUCAGGAUACCGUUUCAGUCCCCGGCCCCUACAGCCGGAAAGCACACAAAGCAGUCUAAACGGAUCAAUCAACACAAACGGCACAAAUUACAACGGAAGCCAAGACUCGCAAAGCUCCAGCGCUCACAGCGGACGCGGAUACGAAAGACACGAAACGAAACAGGCACUGGAAUCCCAUGCCGGCGAUGACAUCGAUCGUCUCUUGGAUCAAAUGGACAGUGACAGCGAAGAUGAGGGGCGGUACGCAUCUUACCGUCCAGCUAUUAGUGGCGCACAUCCUUUCCGAGGACAUCAAAGACGUCAGAGGUAA